AUGGCAGAACAAGAAGCCAGUGGCUUGCAAGUCCUCCUCUCCACCCUCCAGUUUCACCGUUCGGAGACAGACGCUGGCAAUCGCUGCUAUGCAUCAAUCACCGAGGCCGCUCUGAGGGCAGUCUGGGCUUCCAAGAAGCCGCUGGGUUCAGCGGGGGAGGUGCGGAUCGGCCGCUUUGCGAUGAAUGGGACCCGACAGCGCUGUCAGUCUGCGAGCUCGGCGAGCCCCAGCCGCAGCUCCUGUGACAAGGAUGUCAUCCUGAAUAUUCUUGGUGUCCUCACUGACUUGCUCUCUCUGGGGACUGGCCGGAGGAUCCAGUACGUGAUCAGCAAGGGGGGCAGUGAAGCUCUGCUGCAGGCUCUCGCCAUUGCCGCUCAGGCCAAGCCGCCUGACCACAGCAUCCUGCUGCCCCUGCUUCGGCUGCUGGCCAGAGUCGGUCAAAGAGAUAGGAAGUUUGGGCUGAAGGCACAGAAGUCAGAAGUAACUGAUACAAUACUGAGCUUGGCAAGAAGAAACUUGGGCCACCACCUGCACCUUAUCCAUUGCCUCUGGGUCCUGAGGGUUUGUGCUUAUAAUGUUACCACAGGAGCUACCCUUGGCAUCAACGGAGCCAUGGAGCUGCUUUUCAAAGUGAUCAGCCCCUACAGCAAGAGACACGUCAGGACAGUCAGGGCAGCCAUUGAGGCUCUGGCAGCUUUGCUGAAAUCAAAGCCUAACAGCCGCCAGGCAGUGAGCAGAGGAUACCUGGGUGAAUUGCUGAGGCUCUAUCAAGACUGGCACCACAAUGAUGUCUCCAACCACUACAUUUAUAUUCGUAGGGGUCUCCUGCUCUGCCUGAAGCACAUCACCAACAUCCAGAUGGGCAGAGAGACUUUCCUUGGCUCCCGUGGCAUGGAGAUUCUCUUUGCAAGUGUGCAGGACUGUUUGGCUGGCAAAAAUCUGGAUUCUAUCAUAACCACAGCAAUACAGAUUCUAAGAAAGUGCUACCCCAAGGAGUCUCUGCCUCUGAGAAGAGUAACAAGCUCCUAUUGCUUCCCUCUUCCUGGAAAUGCAAAGGCUGAACCUCCAUGUGAGGCAUCUGAAAGUGAUGAAAGUGAUGGAGAGGAAGAGGCUGAAAAAUACUUGGAUAUUGAAGAUGUGGAGAGUAAGGAUGAAGAUUAUGACCUGGAGACAGAUGUGACCAAAUUGAGAUCACAACCAGUGCUUGACCGGCCAGAGGAAGAGCUUGAACAGUAUGAAGCCAUGUGCCCAGAACUUGCCCAGAAGUUUCAGGUGCUCGAAUUUGAGUCUGAGGAAGAGAAAUGCUUGGAGAACAGGACUGAAAGUCUUCCCUCUACUCCCUCUCAUUUCGUUCCAAGUGCUGCUUCUGUCAAACAUUCAAAUUGCAAAUGGAGAAACCAGUGUGUCACAGAGAUGGGACCAGAUCCAGGGAAAAACGAAUUCAGAGUCCCCUUUCAGUGCUGGACAAAGGAGGAGAAAUGCAGGUGGGAUCAGACUGAUGGAAAAAGAGGUAAUGAAGAAGCAGCCCAAGGUGCAAGCUCCUGUGAAGAGGAACAUCCAGCCAGGAGUCAUGCGUUUGCUUUGCGUCCUCCCCCAGAAGAUGUUGCAGAGAGGCUGGAGAGCUCAGACUUGGUGACAAAGCUUCUGGAGAAACACCAAGGGGACAUUCCCUUCCACAGCCCUCUCUUCUACUUGGCUAGGGCCAAGUGUGUUAAGUCCAUUCCAUCCUACAAAGACUUGGCCUUCCCUGAUUUCUGGGGUCACCAGGCACCUCCUCACAGCAAGCCCGUGCUGGAACGCAACUACGGUGUUCAAAGGGACAAGGUGCUAGAUGACAUUCGCCGCUUAAUCCAGCCAGGUGAUGUGAUAGGCAGAACUGUUUUUGAUGUAGAUGAGCCCAGUCCCUCAAGCCCAGGUGUUCCAGGCUGCCUGCAGUUCUUCUCCCAGUUUGAGUCGGGAAACCUUCGUAAAGCCAUCCAAGUGCGCGAAUUUGAGUAUGACUUAGUUAUGAAUGCAGAUGUGAACAGCAACCAGCACCACCAAUGGUUCUACUUUGAAGUCCGUGAGAUGAAGUUAGCCGUUUCCUAUCGCUUCAACAUCAUCAACUGUGAGAAGUUCAACAGCCAGUUUAAUUAUGGCAUGCAGCCGGUCCUGUACUCGGUGAAGGAGGCUCUCCAGGGCAGGCCCCGCUGGCUGCGGGCAGGCCAUGACAUCUGCUACUACAAAAACCACUACCGCUGCCGGGCAGCUACAGGAGAAGGCACGAGAGGAAAGUUCUACUACACACUCACCUUCAGCAUCAAGUUCCCUCACAAGGAUGAUGUCUGCUACCUGGCUUACCAUUACCCCUACACCUACUCUACAAUGAUGUCCCAUCUCGAUAUGCUGGAACAAAGCAGGAACCCCAAGAAGGUUUACUGGAGGCAGCAGACACUCUGCCAGACACUGGGAGGAAAUGGAUGCCCACUGCUCACAAUCACUGCCAUGCCAGAAUCUAAAACAGGAGAAGACUUGGAACAGUUCUGCAGUCGUCCCUACGUGUUCCUGAUGGCUCGUGUUCACCCUGGGGAGAGCAAUGCCAGCUGGGUGAUGAAGGGCACCCUGGAGUUCCUGGUGAGCACUGAUCCCAUUGCUGACCUCCUACGGAAGUGUUUCAUUUUCAAGAUUAUCCCCAUGCUGAAUCCUGACGGAGUCAUCAAUGGCAACCACCGUUGUUCACUGAGUGGGGAUGAUCUGAACAGGCAGUGGCUGACACCUAAUUCCCAGCUCCAUCCAACUAUUUACCAUGCCAAAGGGCUUCUCUAUUACCUGCGAAGCAUUGGCCGAGCUCCUCUGGUGUUCUGUGAUUACCAUGGACACUCCCAGAAGAAGAAUGUGUUUCUUUAUGGCUGCAGCAUCAAGGAGACCCUGUGGCAAGCAGGCUGCAUGGUUGACACAGCAGUUAUCACAGAAGAUGUUGGCUACAGGACUCUUCCUAAAAUCCUGGACAAAGUGGCCCCUGCAUUUGUCAUGAACAGCUGCAGCUUCCUGGUGGAGAAGUCCCGGGAGUCAACGGCCAGGGUGGUGGUGUGGAAGGAAAUGGGUGUGCUGAGGAGCUACACUAUGGAGAGCACAUACUGCAGCUGCAGCCAUGGACUCUACAAGGGUGUGCAGCUGGGGACACAAGAGCUGGAGGAGAUGGGAAGUAAAUUUUGCCUGGGUUUGCUGAUCCUGCACCUCAAAUCCCUUCCCUGCAGCCAGAAGGUGAUGGCUCAGGCAGCACUCCUGCUGGAUCUGGAGGAGGAGAUAACGGAUCGGGCACAAAGACGCUGCAGCAGCAGCAGCCUGGAGACUGAUGAUGAACCUCCUUGUGUGGAAGAAAUCGAUUACAAUGCUGACAGCUGCUCUGACGGCGAAGAGGACUUCUCAGAGCUAGACCAAGAGAUCCAGGAGUGCCUUUCAUGGGCAGAAGGAGAGAGAGAAGAUGAGGGAGCAACCAUGGGACAGACAUGCAGCUCCAAGGCUCUCAGGGGGCUCUACAUUUCUGGGCAACCAGCAUCCAGCAGUGCAGCUCUGCCCCUGCAUUCCCCAGCACUUGGGAUGUACAGCGGCUUUGAGAGCAGCCCUGUCUGAACGAGGCUUUGACUUGCAGAGCAGUAAACAAAAAAGGGUUGCUGCUCAUGUUUGCCUGU